CGCCCUCGUCACCAUCGCUAUCGCACGGUCGCCACCCAUUUUGAGCUGACCUCCCACACCCUCUCUCGACUGCGCCUGAUAAUCAUUGCCACCAAAAAGUCAUACUGAUCGCUUGCGACAAUGCCUCGUCCGCCUAGAGCAAAAGUCGCGUCGCGUGUCGCGAAGCCGAGCAAGCCAAAGGCCGCCCCCGCGGUCAAGCAGCAAGCGGAAUCCAUCCCAGCACCAACCAAGAAAAUUAGCGAACCAGUCAACAACUUCAGCGAGGAUAGCGAUGGUCUUGUUACCAGGACCAGAUCAACGCGGUCACGGGGGGAAAUGCCGGAGGAGAAGACACUAGAGGUUCAUGACGAAGCUAAGCUCACAAUGACUGGCGCGUUGCCAGCGGAAGAAGAAGAACAAGUCCUAGAAUCAUCAAGCAAGAAUCGCACACCAGGGUCCAGCGCUUCCAAGCGAGCGCGAACAAGCAGGAGUAGCGCUAGGAAGUCUACAGGGAAAUCGUCGCCUGCUGUCACUGCACCCGCGCAACAAAACAUCCAGGCUGAAAGCCCACAUGCAGAAGAGGACAGUGGCUUUGGCGAUCUGACUUUCUCGUCACUCGGCUCAAAUUCUCCAGCCCACGGCACACGCCCACCAUCCGCUGUCAAGGUUGGCGCAACACCUGCACACGAAAGAUCAAUACUAGCUUUGACCAACUUCAAGCGGAGAGCCCGACAGCCAAGUUUAUUGCGCAUGGUACAGCAGACAACAGAUGUCGAGGACAACGACGAUGAUAGUCUGGACAAUACUGACAAUCUCGACUUUGACGAUUUCCUCCCACACGCCGAAUCAACACCCCUCAAUGUGCGAAGGCAUGCGCCUGAACAAGAGACACGGAAUGAUAGUGGCACUCACGUCUCUAGCUCUGGUUCCCGUGGCAGAAAACGGAAACUGUCGCCAGUAGUCCAAGUACCACAAUCGUCGCCCCCAGCCAGUCCACAGUCUGCAAGUGACACAGAGCCGGAAAGAUCUCAAUCCCCCACCUUACCAGAAAUCGCAACGCCACGCAUACAAGUCGUUGAGCAAACCCAGGAGAAUCAAGAGCCUAUGAGUGACACAUUGGCAUCUCCAAUGUCAAGCAGUCCAUUACGAGAAAUAUCUAAGCCCCCGCCAUCACCGACACAUACCCGACCACGCCGUAGAGGACAGCGAGCCAAAACACCCGUGAUAGAUGAUGAGUCCGAAGGCGAAGAGACAGAAACGCCUGCAAAAGCUAAACGGGCAUCAAAAAAGAAGGCAGACCAAAGUAUUUCAACCGCACAACUCAAAGAUCUGCUGCCUCGUCGGCGCAACCGCUUACGUGAUCGUGACGAGUUUGAUAUCGAGUCCUCAGAAGAUGUUGAACAAGCCGACUCGGACCAAGACGAGUUGCAGAUGCCCAAGCGAAGGAUCCGCCAACGGCAAGGCGCUGGCAAGCUGACAUCACCAAAGGCAACAAAGAAGACAGCGCGGGGGAAGAAGGUUGGACCAGCAAAAGCAUCAAAAGCCGCACAAAAGUCCAGUAGGACUUACAGUCGCAGGAUCUCUUCUGACAAGGAGAAUGAGACUGGGGCCCAGAAUGAAGCAGAGACGACUGAGGUGUCUGCGAUUGAGCACUCUGAAAAGCUGGCUGCUAUAAGAAAAAAGUUUGAGGAGGUUGAUGCCUUUGAGCUGGAGUUUGAAGAUGUGGAUCCGACAACCAGCUCCAGUCCUUUCCGAUGACCAGCACACUUACACGUCCUCUAAGUGGCGAUCUGCCUUUUUCGGUGUUCUUGACAGUAUGACGAUUGAUGAUUGCUUUUGUAUGUUCGGUGCAGGGUGUAUUAGUAGUGUGUGGCGUUUGCUUUCCAAGUGGUCAGUUGAUCCAAAGCCAUCAGAUGGCAAUGACUUUGCUGUAGAGACGAGUACAUAUAAGCACUAGCUAUGAGUGAUUUAACAUGUCAAUUUUCGAU